UAUGAAUGAUAUUUACUCUUUUCCUGUAGAGGAACAACUUAAUUACAUCUAAGGUAAGAUAAACUUGUUUUUAGAAUGAGGAUAACCAUAUAAAUGUGAGUUUUUCCAUCCAGGAUAUACUUGUGAAUCCCAACUGCUUCAUAUGUAUAUUACUUAUUAUAAAGAGGCUUCCGCUCUUAUUUACUAAGAACGCUAAAGUCUAUCUUCCUGUUCAUUUGUUACCAUUCCUAAUAUAUAAAAGAAAAGCUUUUUUAAAAAAGUAUGAUUGUAUUUCUAAAAAUUAAGUCCAAUUAGUACAACAGCAAGAUCGUUGUUAUCAUAUAUUAAGAGUGUGUUGUUUUUAACUUUAAUGGUUUAAUCAAUGAGAUACAAUUGGUGCAAACAAGUAAGAUUUCGAAAUACUGUUGACCCAUGGAUUCCAUUAACAGGAGGUUUUAUAGGGGCUUUCUCUUUAUUAUUAGAAUCAAAAACAAGGUAAGAUUGUUUAUAGAGUUAAAAGAGUUUAAGAAAUAAUGUUGAGUAUUGUGCCUCGUUUUUUUGAAACAAUCCUUAAUCUAUUAAAGAGGAAGGGUUGGAUGAUAAAUAUUCCAAAAGGAGAUGUUUUAGUUUUUGCAAUGAUAUUGGCAAUAAUUCAUUAUUAUUAUUAACAUGAUGUAAAAAUAAAUGUUAAGUUUGAUUAGCAAAAAGCAUUGAAAUCAACAUAUAGAGGAGUGUUUGGUAAAUUUUGGGGGAAGAAUUGAUUGUAUUUUAAUAAAAAAUAACAAUGAGUGUGAUGUUUAAAAAAAGUAAAAUUAAAUUAAAUCUUUAAUUCAUGUCUAUAAAAUUACAUUCACCAUCUGGUUAAGGAAGAACACAUAAAAUAUUAGUAGCAGCUAAAUUGGCUAAUCUCCAAUUGGAAUUGAUUGAUACAUAAAUACUUUAGAAGAAUUUCUAAGAUUUAUAAAACAAAUUUCCAUUUGGAAAAGUGCCAGUCUUAGAAACAUAAGAAGGCAAUAUUUUUGAAAGCAAUGCUAUUCUUAGAUAUAUUGCAAGACAUUCAUAAGGAUUAUAUGGGUAUUUUAAUAAUUAAACAUAGAAAAACACUCUAUUAAUAAGGUUUAGUUGAUUAAUGGUUAGAUGUAACAAUAAAUGAAUUAGAAACAGAUGUUGUGACAUCUGCUCUAUAAGUUCUAGGACAUAUUCCAAUAAUGUCUACAUAAUAUAAGACAUCUUUAAAUUAAAUUAGUCAUACAUUAACUAUUGUGGAUAAUCAAUUAAGCAAAUCUAAAUAUAUAUCUGGAGAUUCAUUGACAAUUGCUGAUAUUGCUUUAGCAUAAGUUAUUACAUUUGCAUUCACACUUUUGUUUGGAGAAUCAUAGAGAAAUAAAUAUCAACACUUAUUAAAAUGGUUGAACGAAAUUGAUUCAUUACCUUAAUGGAGAGAAGUAAUUAUAUUAAUAAAUAUCAAAGGAAUUUGGUAGAUCAAGAUUCCCAAAGACUGCCUUUUAAUAGAGUGAUGUAACUGAGGAUAAAGAUAAAAAGGAAAAGAAAGAGAAUAAAUAAGAAUAACCAAAAUAAAAAGAAUAACCUAAAUAAAAAGAAUAAAAAGAAUAACCUAAAUAAAAAGAAUAACCAAAAUAGAAAGAAUAACCUAAAUAAUAACCUAAAUAAGAAGAAGAAGAUGAUGCACCAAAAAAGAAAGAAGCAAAUCCUCUUGAUUUAUUACCACCUUCAACCUUCAAUAUUGAUGAUUAUAAGAGAAUCUUCUUUGCAGAAAAAGAUAUUUAAAAGAAUAUAGAUACUCUAUUUGCCACUAUUGAUUUGAAUGGAUGGUCUUUAUGGUUAAUCAAAUAUAAUAAAUCAGAAAAUGAAGGUAAGUAAUUAAUUCUCACUAAUAAUUUAAUGAAGGGAUUCAUAAACUAAAGAUUAGAUCAAAAUUUCAGAAAAUAUGCAUUUGCUAUUCAUGGAGUUUAUGGUGAUGAACCCAAUCUCUAAUUAAGAGGAGCAUGGCUUUGGAGAGGAAAUGAAGUUCCAAAAGAAUGGGUAUUUAUUGUAUUAAUAUAAAAUUUAGAAAGAUCAUGUUGCUUAUGAUUAUCAUGAAUUCAUAAAAGUUGAUGUUAAUAAUGCUGCUUAAAAAUAAUUAUUUAUUGAUUAUUGGGUUAAAUAAGAAGAGGAUGUUUCAGAAGUUGAAGGAUUAAAGGCCAGAAGUUUAAUGUAUUUCAGAUGAG